CGGCAAGUACACCGCCGUCAAAAUUCGCCCUUUCACAAAGACAGCUCCGUUAUCACCUCCGUCAGUUUCUCACCCCUUUUAACUAUCUCCGCCUCCAUUUUUCUGUUAGCCUCAGCUCCACGUUUCACGUUUUCCUCCUUAACGCUCUGCGUGGGUCAGCUUGGCUCCCAUCUUCACUCUCUCUCACGCAUACAGUCUCUCGAUUGCCAUUUUUGCUCUUUUUCAUCAUGCUUCAUGACUCGGGCUCUGUUUGAAGUUCGCAGUGCGUAAAACAUGAUCUGCGAGCAUAUACUGAAUGCUAGUUUAUGUCACAUACAAGAUAAACGCUCUGCUGAUGUUCUGAAAGGGUGCUGAAAGAGUUUGAAGAUUCAUGCAUUUGAAUUUCUGCAUUUUGGCAUGUGUCCGUGCAUAGUGGCUGUAUUAAGGAGACUAUAGUAGAUGGUGUCUGUGACUAAAUGAUCUUGAUGAGAGUGCAGUACUGGAGAAAAUACGUUUCAGUUCUUUACAUUAUUGUAGGCUGUUGAAGAUUAGAUUAUUUGACACUAUCUUUUCUUUUUCUUCACUCAGGUUAAACGUGUUGAUGAGUACUUGCUCUUACUAGAAAGGAAUGAUGGAUGUUACAUGUAAUCUGUCUCGGUUGAAUGUGUUUUAUGGGGGCGAAGUCUCUGGUUGCAGGGGACUGGAAACGCUGAAAUACGGGCAUUCACACUGCAAUUUUUUUGGAGAUUCAAGACUUUUCUUAAAAGAAAAAUCACCAAAGAAGUUAAAGAAACAAAGUUCACAUUCUUAUAGUUCGGCCAUGCCAAGUACUCUUAAUGAGGGCAAUCUCCGGUUUUGGUGUUAUGGUUUUAAUGGUUCUUCCUUUAAAGACACUGGCGGUAUUCCUAAAAUUUCAAAGCAGGCGAGCCUAUCACGGUGUCACAGAAAUGGAUCAGCUGCUUAUGUAAAUGGAAAUGGCAGAGAUGCAGAAGCCGUUGAGACUGUUGGCAAUGCCCUUGAUUCUACUGCCUCAGGGGAAAUGUCAGCUGAAGAAGGAGUUGACACUCCCAGUUUGGAUGAAUUGAGGGAAUUGUUGCGGAAGGCAUUGAAAGAUUUAGAUAUUGCUCGUCUAAGCAGUACAAUAUUUGAGGAAAAAGCUCAUACGAUAACAGAAGCUGCUAUAGCAUUGAAGGAUGAAGCUAAAAAUGCUUGGGAUAACGUAAAUACUGCCCUUGGUAAUAUCCAAGAGGUUGUAAAUGAAGAAGCUAUAGCCAAAGAAGCUGUUCAGGAAGCAACAAUGGCCCUCUCUUUGGCCGAGUCUAGACUUCAAGUUACUAUUGAUUCGCUAAAACUUGCAAAAGAAACCAAUGGGUCCACUAAAGCUUCUACUGAACUUGAUUCCGAGUAUGGAAGGGGAGAAGAAUCAAGUGAGGAGGAAGCACUUUUGGCUGCACAGCAGGACAUAAAAGAAUCUCAACAACAUCUAGCAAAUUACGAGGCUGAGCUCAGAAGGGUGCAGAGCAGAAAAGAAGAAUUGCAAAAGGAAUUGGAGAGGUUGAAUGCAGUGGCUGAGCAAGUACAAUUUGAUGCUUCUAAAGCCGAGGAAGAUGUGGCAAACAUAAUGCUUUCAGCAGAGCAAGCCGUGGCCCACGAGCUAGAGGCUGCACAGCGUGUUGAUGAUGCUGAAAUUGCACUGCAAAGGGCUGAAAAGAACCUUGCUCUUUCCAGUACAGGCACACUAGAUUCUGGAGUUGAGGGAACUAGUGCCGGUGAGAUGUCUCGAGGAAGUUCUGCGGAUAGUGUUGUGGAGGCAGACAGGGAAUUUCCAUCUGAUGCUGCAGGAUCACUUGAACCUUCACCUGGUUCCCAGUUGGAUGAAAUAAGUUUGUCGGAGGAGAAUGAGAUAGUGAAUGGAAAGAUACCUGUGGAGAUUGAAGCUGAUGCGAAGAAGUUAAAAACUAUUCAGAGUAAGAUACAAGAAAUGCAGAAGGAAUCAACAAAGGAAAGUUCACCUUUAGGCACUCCAAAGGCAUUACUGAAGAAGUCAUCCCGUUUCUUUUCUGCAUCUUUCUUCUCUUUUGAUGCGGAUGAGGAAGAGUUUACGCCAGGUUCAGUUUUUCGUGGUCUUUUGGAGUCUGCUAGAAAGCAGUUGCCAAAGCUGGUUUUCGCGUCACUACUUUUAGGAGCCGGAAUUGCUUUCUAUGUGAAACGGCGUGAAAGGUUUUAUCAGCUAUUCCAUCAGCCUGAUAUCAUCUCCACUAGCAUUGAUGAAGUAUCAACUAGUGCAAAGCCUCUGGUUAAAGAGAUGAGGAAACUUCCUGCCAAAGUACACGAGGAGGAAGCGUCCCUGUUGGACAUGUUGUGGUUACUUCUUGCAAGUGUCAUAUUUGUGCCCAUUUUCCAGAAAAUACCCGGAGGUGAAUGGAAUUUGAGUGUGCUUGCUCCCAAUACCUAUUGUCCAGUUCUUGGAUAUUUGGCUGCUGGAAUUUUAAUUGGACCUUAUGGCCUCUCUAUCAUUCGCAAUGUACAUGGAACUAAGGCAAUUGCUGAAUUUGGUGUUGUCUUCUUGCUAUUUAAUAUUGGACUUGAGCUCUCUGUUGAAAGACUAAGUUCCAUGAAGAAAUAUGUUUUUGGUUUGGGCUCUGCCCAGGUCUUAGUGACAGCUGGUGUCGUAGGCUUGCUUGCUCAUUAUGCUGCUGGUCUGGCUGGUCCUGCGGCGAUUGUCGUUGGCAAUGGACUUGCAUUAUCCUCAACUGCUGUUGUCCUUCAGGUCUUGCAGGAACGUGGUGAGAGUACAUCACGCCAUGGGCGAGCUACAUUUUCUGUAUUACUCUUUCAGGAUUUGGCUGUCGUGGUUUUGCUUAUACUGAUACCGCUUGUUUCACCUAGUUCAUCUAAAGGAGGGGUGGGAUGUCAAGCCAUUGCUGAAGCUCUUGGGUUGGCUGCCGUGAAGGCUGUUAUUGCCAUCUCAGCCAUAAUAGCAGGAGGACGCUUGCUGCUUCGCCCAAUUUAUAAGCAAAUUGCUGAAAAUCAGAAUGCAGAAAUAUUUUCUGCAAAUACUCUUCUUGUUAUCUUAGGUACUAGUCUUCUAACUGCCAGGGCUGGGCUUUCCAUGGCUUUAGGAGCAUUUUUGGCUGGUUUGCUUCUAGCAGAAACAGAAUUCUCAUUGCAGGUUGAAUCUGAUAUUGCUCCAUAUCGUGGACUUCUGUUAGGUCUCUUCUUCAUGACGGUUGGAAUGUCCAUUGAUCCGAAACUUCUUCUUUCAAACUUCCCAGCAAUCUCAGGGAUAUUAGGGCUUCUUCUUGCUGGAAAAACUAUUUUGAUUGCUCUUGUUGGGAGACUUUUUGGUAUUUCACUGGUAUCGGCGAUACGAGUUGGUCUUCUACUUGCACCGGGAGGAGAAUUUGCUUUUGUAGCCUUUGGGGAAGCUGUUAACCAGGGAAUAAUGUCCUCGCAGUUGUCAUCGCUCCUAUUUCUUGUAGUUGGGAUUUCGAUGGCUCUGACUCCGUGGUUAGCUGCUGGAGGUCAAUUAAUAGCAUCUCGUUUUGAGCUGCACGAUGUUCGAAGUCUGUUACCUGUUGAAAGUGAGACAGAUGAUUUGCAAGAUCAUAUAAUUAUAUGUGGAUUUGGACGUGUUGGGCAGAUUAUUGCUCAGCUUCUCUCUGAACGACUGAUCCCAUUUGUUGCCCUUGAUGUCAGGAGUGACCGAGUAGCAACUGGGCGUUCACUUGACCUUCCUGUGUACUUUGGUGAUGCCGGUAGUCGGGAGGUUCUCCAUAAAGUUGGCGCAGAAAGAGCAUGUGCAGCAGCAGUAACUCUAGAUAGUCCUGGAGCUAAUUACAGAACUGUUUGGGCUUUGAGCAAGUAUUUCCCCAAUGUCAAAACAUUUGUCCGUGCUCAUGAUGUUGAUCAUGGCCUAAAUUUAGAGAAAGCUGGGGCAACAGCGGUUGUUCCUGAGACUUUGGAGCCAAGUUUGCAAUUAGCAGCUGCUGUCCUUUCACAAACGAAACUGCCAAUGUCAGAGAUAGCAGCUACCGUUAAUGAGUUCAGAUCACGCCAUCUCUCUGAGCUUACAGAGCUCUCUGAAACCAGUGGAAGCUCAAUUGGGUACGGUUUCUCACGAAUGAUGACAAAACCGAAAUCUCAACCUUUGGAUUCUGUAGACGAGCAUUUACCUGAAGGAACUCUGACAGUUUGAAACAUUUAGGUACAUACAAGCAGGGUAGAAAAGAAGUAAAUAUCCCAUUUUCUCAUGACAACAAAGAAACAAAAAUUCACACGAACAUUGUAUAGCGUAACUAGCGUUUGUACUCACUCUAUUGGUUGGGGCCCAAAAAAAAAAAAUGUACAUGAAAACACAGCUGCUGGAAACUGAGAACCCGGUUUGGAAAAAUGAUGAAUAGUACAUCAUUUUGGUUCCAUAUAUUUUGGUGAUAGUACCUUUUUUUCCCACGUCCAGGCAAUUUUAUUUGAGAAAUAGGAUUUUAUUAUUUUGAGGCUAUAAUUAUAGCUUUGUUACUUGACUGACUUCUAUUCGGCAAAUUCGUAUUGGGUUGUGGGGUUCGAGCAGGGCAGUUAAAUCAACAUAUACUGAUAUACACGCAUUAGUUUUUUGAUGUGUUUAAAUGUAAUACACUGAUACUAAAAAG